AUGUGUAUGCGAUGGAAAAAAGUAAGGUUUAUCCAAAAGAUUGAAAAUUUGCAAGGUAGAAUUGCCAUUACAACUGAUAUGUGGACUUCGACCAAUCAAAAAAAAGGGUUCAUGGCUAUCACAUGUCAUUAUAUUCAUGAUUGGUGUCUUCAAAGUAAAAUAUUAAGGUUUGUUUAUGUGCCUUGCCCACACACAAUUGGUUGUGGGAAAUUGUUAACAAAGAUGAAGGUGUGCAAUUUACCUCAGAUAAUCAUGCAACUAUUUUUGAUGAUUACGACACAGACAGUGAAACUUGAUGGUGAAUAUAUGAUAAAUGAUGGUUCGAUGCGAAAGUUGGAAUUGAAAUUUGUCUGA